GUGCAUCAAUGGCGGACUCAACGGACGGUUCUUCUAGUUUCCGGACUCAGGCUAACGCUUUGUUCAGAAAAAAUUUGACCUUUCAGAGAAGGAAUUUCAAGACAAAUAUGAGGCUCAUAUUAUUCCCAGUCUUCCUCUGUUUGUUACUUGUAGUAUUACAAAAUUUAGUGAACAUUGAACUAGAUAAAGCUUCCUUAAAAUGUGGUUGCUCUUGUAUUGAUCAAGAUGGGAAUGGUGAAUGCGAGAGAGUGUGUGGGAUUGAAUACUCAGAUUUGGACCAAGUGGGUACCUGUUCCAUGCCAAGUCCACCUGAAUGGCCUCCAUUAUUACAAGUACCAGCUCCACAAUAUCGAGCAGUGAGAACUGAUCAUUUGCUUUCAUUUGGAGAUUUUCCUAAUGACUCCUGCACAAGUACAGCUUCCUGCCCUACAACUGUACUUAUGACAGGGAAUAACCGAUCUCUUGGAGAGAGUUUGGCUAGAAAUAUGUUCCCAAGUUCAUCGAAUUUUAACUCAUCCAAUGGUCUGGCUGACGUUGUAUUGGGGUCAGCUUCAGAGACUCCAGUAUCCAACAUUCUUGAGCCUGCUUUCUUCUCGAGUCUUCCAGUCUACUAUAUUCAAUCUCAGUGCCAAGCCAACUCCACUUUUUCUAUUUCGGUCCCAGUGGCGUCAACGAAAGUGGAGAAAGAAAUUAGAUGUGUCCAAGGUCAACAUUUAUGGCGCAACAGGUCUUCUGAUAUUAACAAUGAGCUGUAUGCCGGAUACAAGAGGGGGAACUCUGAGAAGAAAAUAAAUGAGAUAUUAGCAGGCUAUGAUUUCUUGAAUUCCAAUGUCAGUAGUUAUGACGUGAUUGUAUGGUACAACUCUACCUACAAGAAUGAUUCAGGAAAUAUUCCCAUAGGACUUGUCCGGGUUCGUCGCUCAAUAAAUUGGGUUUCAAAUGCUUUCCUACAACUUCUGCUUGGACCUUCUACACAAAUGUUGUUUGAUUUCGUAAAAGAGAUGCCCAAACCUGAAACCGAACGCAGGCUGGACUUCUCUUCUCUCCUUGGACCAUUAUUCUUUACAUGGGUCAUCUUGCAACUAUUCCCUAUUGUACUAACAGCUCUGGUUUAUGAGAAACAACAAAACUUAAGGAUCAUGAUGAAAAUGCAUGGGCUUGGGAAUGGUCCUUAUUGGAUGAUUUCUUACGCAUACUUCCUUGCCAUAUCUUUGGUUUACAUGUUCUGUUUCGUGGUCUUUGGCUCAGUUGUAGGGUUAAAGUUCUUCACAUUGAAUGACUACAGCAUCCAGUUUGUGUUCUAUUUCAUCUAUAUAAACUUACAAAUUUCUCUGGCGUUUCUAGUGGCUGCUCUCUUCUAUAAUGUGAAGACUGCUGCAGUUGUCGGGUACAUUAUUGUCUUUGCAACCGGUCUCGUGGGAGCAGGAUUCUUCCAGUUCUUCCUUGAAGCUACAUCAUUUCCAAGUAAGUGAAGAUACAAAUAAUGUAGUCUUGAUGAUCAGAUCAUUUUGCACAGAUGUUUGAUAGCAAAAAACCUUAAUCUUUCGGAAACCCUAAGCAGACUUCACCAGGCCCCAGCCAAAAAGAAUUAUUUGCGAUGUAUGUAAGGUACCCAACGACCCGCUAGGUGGCUGGCAUAAAAGCCUAGUGCCCACUGCCCAAUCUACAAUUGAAUUAUUGAAACUCCUAAAGUGUUGGCUUCUAAGGCACGAACCCUUGCAUGUUUUCUACAAGAUACCAACCGGAACCA